CCCUCUUAGUGAAGUGCACGCUGCUGGGGAGCUGCCGGCUGGAGCGAAUCGAACUUACUGCAUUUGGGCCCAAGGAUCUUUUACUGUUCCAGGACCGUAGGAUCUAGAUGAGAAAACUAAGCCUGCUAAGGAGGUGUCCAGGGUCACGCAGCUAAAAUGUCUAAUGCAAGAGAAAAGAAGCAUGCCAAGAAAAUGAGAAACCAGCCAACCAAUGUGACCUUAUCUUCAGGUUUUGGAGCUGCUGAUGAGAGAGGAGUAAAGCAUCAUAAUGGAAAUGAAAAAUCUUUACAAUAUCAAAAACAAGAGCCCCAUUCUGGAGCUCCACAGCAUCAGCAGCCAAAAUCGACACACGUACCUUCUGAACCUUGUAUGAAUGAACAGCCUUCCAAGGGUCAAUGCAGAGGAGAGAAGGGCAAAGGACAAGCAGGAUGGAGAGGAGGGCACCCAGGUGCUGCUCGGGAAAUCCCCAAAUAUAUAACUGCGUCUACUUUUGCACAAGCCCGAGCUGCUGAAAUCAAUGCCAUGUUGAAGGCAGUGACACAGAAAUCUUCCAAUUCACUAGUGUUUCAAACUCUUCCCCGACAUAUGAGAAGAAGGGCCAUGAGCCAUAAUGUGAAACGCCUUCCCAGAAGACUUCGAGAGAUUGCUCAGAAAGAGGCAGAGAAAACAGAGCAUCAGAAGAAGGAACAUUCAAAAAACAAAUGCCGCAAGGCUCGGAGAUGUCACUUAAACCUGCUCUUGGAAUUUAACCGGAGACAAAAAAAGAAUGUGUGGUUAGAAACUCACAUCUGGCAUGCCAAAAGAUUCCAUAUGGUGAAGAAAUGGGGAUACUGCUUAGGGGAGAGUCCCACAGUAAAGAGCUAUAGAGCUUCCUACAGAGCAAUGACAAAGCAUUGCCUCCUUCAGGAUUUAUCGUACUACUGUUGUCUGGAGUUAAAUGGCAAAGAGGAAGAAAUACUAAAGGCACUGUCUCGAAUGUGUAGCAUAGAUACAGGACUCACUUUUGCAGCAGUUCAUUGUCUGUCUGGAAAACGGCAAGGCUCUGUAGUCCUUUAUAGGGCUGAUAAAUAUCCUGAAGAAAUGCUUGGCCCUGUUACAUUUAUUUGGAAACCUGAGGGUGGAACUGGUAACACUCCUGUAAAUAGAAAAGUGUGGUUAUGGACACAUCCAACUCUCAAACAGGACAUAUUAAUGGAACUAAAAAUAGUAUGUCAGUGUGUGCAACCUCCAGAAGCAGCUGCCUCUAUCCCUGAAGUAGGUUUUAUACCACAUGAAGAGAAACGCCACAUUAAACAGACUGAGAAUUGCAAGAAAAGAAAGAGAGAUGAUGGAGAAAAAAAUACAAAUCCAGUGAAAAAAAUUGUGGGUGAUGGAACUAGAAAUCCAUUUCAACCAUAUUCGUGGACAUCCUCAACUACUGGCAUUGUAGUCAGUGAUUUGACAAUGGAGAUGAACAGAUAUCGACUGAUUGGUCCACUGUCUCACAGUAUUCUUACUGAGGCACUGAAAACUGCAUCCAUUUAUACUGAGGUAGAAGAUGGAGAGACAGUACCUCACAGUUGGUGGGUUGAGACCUGUAAGAAUCCUGAUACUGUAUCUGUCCAUCAUCGUCAAGAAGCCAUUUUUGAAUUGUUGGGAGGAAUAGCAUCUCCAGCAGAAAUUCCAGCAGGUACUAUUCUGGGUCUGACUGUUGGAGAUCCUCGAGUUAAUCUCCCUCAGAAGAAGUCCAAGGCUUUGCCCAACCUAGAAAAAUGCCAAGAUAAUGAAAAUGUUAGACAACUGCGCCUAGAGGGUGUGCCUGUGGAGUGUGCUCAUAGUUUCAUCUGGAAUCAGGAUAUAUGUAAGAGUGUCACAGAGAAUAAAAUCCCGGAAAAGGAGUUAAACCAGAUGAGAAGUGAAUUGAUGGUGCCUGGGUCACAGCUUAAUUUAGGCCACCGUGAAUCCAAGAUACCCAUACUAUUGAUCCAACAACCAGGGAAAGUAACUGGUGAAGAUCGACUAGGAUGGGGAAGUGGCUGGGAUAUCUUACUUCCCAAAGGUUGGGGAAUGGCUUUCUGGAUUCCCUUCAUCUAUCGUGGUGCACGAGCUGGAGGACUAAAAGAAGGUCUCAUACACUCUCGGUAUAAGGGAGUACCUAGCAUCCCUGAUGAUUUCCCAGACUGCCCUGCUGGAGUUUUGUUUGCCACAGAACAAGAAAAUAAUCUUCUGGAAAAAUACAAAAGACACCCACCUGCAAAGAGGCCCAACUACGUCAAACAUGGUACUUUGUCACCUUUCCGAUGUCCUUGGGAACAGUUAACUCGAGAUUGGGAAUCAAGAAUUACAGCUCAGGCCGAGUCUCCUGUAUCUCCUUGUUCAUCCGUAAUUAGCCAGAGUGAUCCUGGGAGAGAAGACCUUUGUGCUGUGGGGGGUGAGCAGGGGUCAGAGCUGUCUCGUGAUACUGAGACUCUACAAAACAAAGCAGCAGAGCCAGAAGAGGCGAUGGACACCCAUUCUCCAGAUGCUGCCAUGGCUAGAGACACAAAGAGCACCUUCUGUGUUCUUAGGAGUAGGAAAUUAUUGAAGUGGUUAGCAGCCUGGUGUCAGCCUGUUACUAGAAGAAAUCAAGCAGUCCACCGAGCUCCCAGGAUGCAUCAGCCAGAGCUGACAAGGGCUACCUGUCUGUCCAUCUUACGUGACUAUCCAAGAUCCCUGGUGUGGGUCAGCCUAUCUUUGCUCAAAAAGGGAAACCCAGAGUUACACACCAUGAUCUGCAUCCCAUCAAAAGAUGAUUUCCUGCAUCUAAAGGGAGACCAGCUUUAUUGUGGCCCUCAGGAGUCCAGACACAGUGACCCAUUCAAGACCAUGGCACGGAAACAGAAAGAGAAGAAGAAAAUGGAGAAGGGGCAGAAAGAAGAAAGAGGUGCUGCCCAAGGUCCAGCAGGAGAGCCUCACUGUGCAAUGGCAUAUGCAGAGGGAACUCGUGGUUUGUGGCCAGGCCCUCUCCCUGAUGUCACCGGCCAUUGCUCCCGGACCCUCCUCGGAUUUGUUACACAAGGAGAUUUCUCUCUGGCUUCUGGCUGCGGGGAAGCAUUAGGGUUUGUUAGUUUGACUGGUCUGCUGGAGAUGCUCUUGAGUCAGCCGGCAGACAAGAGGGGGCUGGUGUUAUUAAGAACACCGGCAUCUCUGCAGUAUCGAUUUGCUAGGAUAGUUAUUGACGUGUAAGUGCCGUUUUCUAUGACAGCGAGGUACAAAUGGUGCCAAAGAGAAUACAGCAAGCAGAGCCACGCAGUUUUAAGUGUUUGCCUUUUGCCUUCCACUAUAUAUAUGCCAUGUGAAAUUGCUUGAAAAAAUAAGCUAAAAAUCUAUCAGUGUAUUAUGUAAAUGAAUGAAAUGCUAACUUAUGUCAUAUGUUUACAUUACUCAGUGGUGUUGAUGUCCUUUCCUCACCUUUUCCUUUAAAAUAUUUAAGUUCUGUCCCGUAUAACUAAAGUUAUUAGUAUUGUGAUUUCAGAAGAUCUGUAUAUUUUUUGCUUAGAAAUGAUCGAAACCUGUAGUUUUCUGUUGAAGGGGCAGGAAGCUCUCUUUGAAAAGCUUUUUAGUUCAUGCGACUAGUCUGGUGUGCAUUUAAUUACUGUAAAAAAGAGACUUCUCAGUUUGAGCCUGUGUAUGUAAUAUACCUUUGUGGGACUCAAAAGGUGGCCCUUUGUGUAAUGGAACUGCUGACUUGGACUGAGAACUUGUACCUUCUUUAGCCAUGGAGAAGAAAACCAUGACAAAUUUUUGGCUGCUGGCUUGUUUCGAUGCUCAGCCUGCUUAUGGAGAAAUGAGUUGGAUUAGAGUUGGAGCAGGAGCUAGAACCUGAAUUUGUACAGCCUUUACCCCAGCAUCACUGACCAGCACGCUCCCUCGGGAGUCUCGCAAUCUUCCUGUGCCUUCUGCAGUUCCCAAAUAUUUCUCAAAGCCAUAGAUGUGUAUAGAGCUACCUACCUCAGGAAGAAGAUGGCCAAAUGGUCAGCCACUCUGAAGUUCUAAAGAUGCUCUAUAACCCUAUAAUAAGCAUGUUACUAUAUGCCUAACUGCAGUCUCAUGAUGCCCAGGGAAUGUUAGGCAGCAGAUCAGAAGGGGUGAGUUUACAGAGAACUCUAGCUUAUGAUGCUUAGGAAAAACAGCUGCCACUUUCCACUUGGAGAGGAGCAGAUGAGUCAGAAAUUAGCUUUCCCUCUGCUCCAGUACCAACAUGCCCCCGUCCUCCUUUCCCAUAGCCUAUAUGCCCUUGGCUGUCCUCUGUUCUUGGUGAAGGGACUUUAAACGAGGUCAGGCUUGGGACCAGUUUGGGAUUUAUUUUUCUCUUGCAUGUCUAAAUUAAAUAUUAGUGCAUGUUUAUACAGAUUUGAUUUCUGCAGUAGAAAUUGGUAAUAAAUACCUGUUGGGUUAUGGGAGGAAGGGGCAAGUAAUAGGGAGAGGGCAUAGCAUCAUUAGAGUAUUUCAUAGGGAUCUUGAGCCAACACUCUCCACAUGCCCUACACAAUUCCCUGAAGAUCAUCUUUGUAUCCAACCAAAGUAAUGUUUUGACCCUUGCUAGAAAAAAAAAAAAGAUUUGUAACUGAAUAGUGUCUAUCACAGCAAAUUAAAACCCAAAUCAUCCUAUGCUGUUAUAGGUUAAUGGACAGAUUGUUUAAGAGAUUUUGCCUGUUGUCUCAGUUACUGACUUAUUGGAGCUAAUGGGAUCGCCUUGAAAUUUCACUCACAGAAAUAGCUCCCUUGGCUUCAUCUUCAGACAACCAUCUGCCCUAAUUGGUCAUGGGUAGGUUGGGGAGAGGAGAGGGAGUGUUGUGGAGAUAACUAGAUGGAUCAAAGCAAAGCAUGGGGAAAAUAACUUAAAAGCACCUACUCUGUUCAGUCCAUAGCACCAUUGUUAUGUACAAAGGACUUUGUUGUCAUUAAGGAACUAUAAAAGGACAAUAGAUAUUCACUAAAUAUAUAUAUCUUCCUCCUGUAAAGAAGUGAUAGGCACAAGGGCCUAUUUUGCUUCAUUCUAUUUAUUAUUGGAAUCAAAUAUUUUUGAGCCCUACCUAUGUGCCUGUUUGUUUAGUGCUCUAUUAGAAAAUGGAUGUAUGGGGGCAGCUAUGUGGCACAGUGGAUAAAGCGCUGGCCCUGGAUUCAGGAGGACCUGAGUUCAAAUUCAGCCUCAGACACUUGACACUGUGUGGCCCUGGGCACAUCACUUAACCCUCAUUGACCUGCAAAAAACAAACAAAAAAAAUGGAUGAAUAAAACAAGUGCUUUAUCUUGUUGGAGAAAUGACAGAUAUGUUAAUGAACAAAUUGUGUUCCAAGAUUGGAUACAGCCUUAGAAUUUGGGAACCAGGUCAGAAAAGAUGACCUUCUGACAUGGAAACACCAGUAAGACCCAGCAUGAUGAUAUCCUUUUGUUUUGGAACCUUUUGGUCUACAAAGCAUCUCCUGUACAUGGUCUCAUUUAAUCCUCAUGAACAGGCCUAUUUGAGAGAGACAAAAUGGGUUUCUUUUGCAUAAAGCUGAGAGAUGAUGUGACUUGUCACAACCAGCAGCAGAAAGAGGACUAGAAUCCAGGUCUUUCAAUUCCUAGUCCAGUGUCCUUUGUACUAACUUAAAUAAAAGUGGAUCCACUUAACCAGCUACAGAAGUGGUUGUCCAUGGAAGUGGGAUGGUGAUGAACUCAGAUGAUCUUAGCAAUACGCCAAUAUAAAUCUAAGUUCUUAAGUACUUCAAGGAUUGGCGAUUUACAUUGUGUUGGUACACCCCCUUCACUUAUCCUAGGACUCUAGUUGGAUUUUCAGUUGCUGUGGCCAAAAACUUCAUCUCCUGUGGUCAUUUUUAUGAUGACCAACUUAGCUUUGUUGUUCAGUCCAUCCCUGGCUCUGCUUCAAAGUUUUUCCAGCCUGGGACUUCACUGGCAUAGCUUUUGAGAACCCCCAAGGGUCACUUCAGUGCCUCAGUGAGGCAUUAAAGUUGAAUUCAUUGAAAGAUAAAUGUCACCUCCACUUUGGUGGAUCUGUGAUCUCAUUGGCAUGUGGAUACUAUGGUGGAGAAUGUAAUCCAUGCCUUCUCCUGAAUGACUCCUUGUCCAUGUUCUAUAAAUCCUCCCAAGGAGAUCCACUCUCUAGAUCUCUGACAUUGCAUGAAUACCAGUGGAUCAUACAAGCUAACAUUUACUUCUGGCUGGCAUGAGAUGGCCUUGUGCAUUCUCUGAUGGACAAUUUUAUCUCUGUUGUUACAUCUUUCAAGGAAUCUUGUGUGAUUUUUGACAUGCAUGUUUAAAGUAAAUCCUUUAAUGCAACAUUUGCCCUAGCAAACUGAUUAACAUGAGAUAAACUAAUCUUGGAAGUUGUAAAAUGUGAAUAGUAGAUGCAAAUGUGGCUUGGUGGUGGGGGUGGAGGGGGGGGUUAAAAAAAAGGAGAACCAAAGAGUAACUCUUCAGUUCAAUGUUCAGCAUGCCUCCAGUGCUGCCAGAGGGGGAAAUGUUCUGAUUCUAAUCUGUCAAUUUUGGUUCUUUUAAAAUGUCUUCAGAAUUGGGGAGAAUUUAUUGGGCUACCACAACUUGAUGGACUUCAUAACCCUUGUUCACAUUCGGAUGUGUCAUUUGGUCUCCUGAAUGAAUGUAUUCUGAGGAAGGGCAUGCCUGUUGUGUGCAAGCGAUCAGUAUUCUUGCUAGAUGUCUCAUUACAAAUGAAUAAAUUACCA